AGCGCAAUCCACGACUUGCGACUGUUUAACUCUUCACUAGUAUUCCGGCGUCUCAUGCCAACUCAAAUCGUCACUCUAGCCUCCCGUAGCGAGCUUGUCAUGCGCUUCUUUGAGGCAACAAAUGAAAAAUCUGGAUACACUUUCCCGAGCAGAUUUUCCUCAUACCCCCUUCAGGAAUGCACAAGGAAACCACAACCCCGCAGCCAACGAACGGCAUAUGAGAUGCAAUUUUUCUUUUCAUCCACCUCCCGCUACUCGUACAUUCUCCGACCCGAUAUAAACAGUCCUGUAUAAUACAGCGCAAACAAUGAGGCAAUAGUGAUAUGAAUUGGAAUGCCGGUAAUAAAGCAAAAAAAAAAAGAAAAGCCAAGAAUUUCCCCACGAGCGAAAUCAUGCGGGGAGUGGCCUGGGACACGAUUCAAGUCUUUUUUCUUUUUGUCUAAAUUGAACGAAGGACGGAAGAUAAAGGAUGACAAUGCAAAUAUGCUUCCCCAUGCGGAAUGCUGUCGCUAUGGUUAGUCUUACCUGCCAGACCAUAGUAAAGAUAGUGUAGCCGUGAUAAAAGCUCCGAGUGCCACACUCUCCAGGAUUGUAACCGUCAGGUCAACUCGUUUUAUCGCUACUACUUCCUCGCCAAAGAGUUCCUCGACUCUUCCCGUCACCUCCUCUUUGAUGUAGUCAAUCCACGGUCGCUCUUCUGCCACCGGCUCUGCUGGUACCUCCACGGCAGCUUCAAUCGGCGCUAUAUCUUCUCCCGCGGUAGUCUCUAUGGCAUCCACCCCUACAGCUACAGGGGGAGCUUCCUCUACGGCAGCUACUUCAAGAGCAUCCACCGCUACGGCAACAUCGCCGUCAAUCGCAGCAGUUUCGUCUGCGGCAAACUGUACUACUCCGGAAGGUCUACCUUCUUCGACCACAGGUGGAACCUUCAAUCGUUUUGCGUUCCUAAGUCCCUCUUCCUGGAUAACCUCCCGGACCUUCGCUUCAAACCCACCCACCAGCCGUUUUCUCUUCCAAGGCUCCAAUCCCAACUGCACAACGAUGAACAGCAGCACGUUGAAACCCAUCAAUCCCCAAGUUCCCCAAGUGCUCGCUCUUCGAAUUUUGUCACUCCAAAUUUGUUCCUCAUGAUACCGGGCAAGGAUAGAACGGGCAAGGCCUUCUUGAGCCUCAUCGGCAACACGCUCCGCCUGGACGAGCAGAUCCUGCGCAGUGGUUUCGGCCUGCUCGUUCGCGUGAUCUGAUCGAUAGAGUUCGGUGAAACGCUCGAGGUCUGUUGGGUUCCAGGAGUGUUUCCGCUGAAGUAGUUCGUUAACCUCACGUUGUGAGGCCGACCGACGACUUAUCGCGGCUUGGUACUCCUCUUUCCCCUUCCGCACGGCCUGGCGAGAUGCUUUCACGCGUUGCUCUAGAGCGGGUUUCAAAAAAACGGACCUUUUGUUUUAGCAAAUGGACCUAGGUUCUAUUAUAUCACACUUGUCAAGAUAUCGCCGGAGAGGGAGGUAGAAACGAGGGGCAUCAUGAAUCAAAAGGAACGUUGUAGUAGGGAUUCAUGGAGAAAAGUAAUUGUGGGUGAGAGAGCGUUUGAAAAAGGAACGGGAAGGCACGGAAUUGAGUGACGAAUUGUUUGGAGAAAAGUCCGGGAAAGGGUUGGGGAAAGGGGGGAGAAGGGAGGAGAAGGGAGAAAGAAAGAAAGGUACCUUGCUUCUCAAUCGACUUCUUCAGUGCCUCGAUGUCAGAAUAUCCUGUAAUCUCGUUCAAUUUCUGGCCGGCGCUAAACAUGGCUGCCUGUAAAUCAUCCACGGCAGCGGAGAACAUCCUGGGCAUAUUUAGACGUGGGUUCUUGAGCUCGGGCUGAGGAGGAGGGGCACUCGACGGGGCGGCGGAGGAAUCCGGAGACGGGGUAUCCCCAAUAUUACCGUUGCCGGGAGCCUUUCCCUCGGAAGAAAACCAUCGGAAGUGCUGUUGGGAGAGUCGAAGCGGAUGCUGGGGCUGACGCCGGAUACAGGGUAAUAACCUUGGGUUCAGGUGCAAUUGACGGAGGUCUAGGAUCCGGGAUGCGGGAGGGGAACCGGAAGGCCUUGCAAGCAGAAUGGAUCUGAGGAGAGGCCUCAUGUCACGGCGGGCGUAGGGCGUAUCACGAAAAGGCCGAGAGGGGAGGUGGGGGGGAAGAUGUUAGCGGCAGAGUGUGCACACUCUCUCCCUCUCUGGUGGUGGUGGUGUGGUGGUUGGUUGGUUGGCUGGGCGGUGGGAAGUUUGAAGAGUUCUCGGGUCGAAGAGUUCAGACGGAGAAACAAUUGUGGCAAGGGUUGGGUCUGUGGGAGAUGGGGUGGCCACUGUGCCUGUGGUGCUGCAGCCCCACCAACCGACAGCAUCAACCACACAGACCAUAAUACCUACGGUACGGCCAAUGGUGGGGAUGGGAUGGGAUGGGGCACGAUACCGUAGUUUCUGGGGCGGUGAGAACUUAAUAUCACGGCUGCGUACCAUGCAAUACAGUACCGGCACUGCACUGAUAUGUACUCGAGUACCCUACCUACGCCCCCAUCCGAUAAAGUAUCACGAAAACUUGCUACAGGCACAGCACAGUACCGCUACGGUAUCCAAGCGCUCCACACCAUAUCGUUCUAGAUUAUGCAUUCCCUGCUCCCCUGUGCUGUAGAAUGGAGUACUAUACAGUACGUGCGCCGGUACUGGUAAAUCUCUUGGGAAACGAAAGAGCAAUUGAGCUGUAAGUUAAGUGGUAAGGGAUCGAUAUCCCUCUCGUGAUGGUGGAUGGAUUGACUAGGUAGGGGCGGGGGGGAGAAAGCAAGAAAGAAAAGAAGAGAAAAGAAAAGAAAAGAAUAGAAGACAAUAAUUAUGCAGGUUGCCCCUCCCCCUCGUCGACCGCACAUUCUGCCUUUUAAAAUUUAAAUUGCUAUGCUUGAUGCUGUCCUCCUCGGCGUGCAUUUCUCCCGGACCCCUCCUAUCUAUCAUUUACUGCUGCGAGGAAACAAACAAACCAAGAUAUGUUUGGAGGUUGCAAUGUUUCCCCCCUAGCCUACGUACCCCUCUGGUGAAUUCCCUCUAUCCCCUUUCCGACCUUUCCAACCCUCUAGCCGUUCCCCGCCUUGGUAUAACUAGGGCCCUAGGGCCCCUCUCUCCUCCCUUCUCCUCCUCCUCCUCCUCCUCCUCAUCCUCAUCCUCAUCUUUUUUUCCUACCUUUCAAGCUAUUACACGAUAAACCAUAGACCGAUAAAUUUUUUCUUUCCAGUCAAACAUGGCCCCCGCAAGCAAAGCUGUUGUCUUUACUGAUUUCGAUGGUACGCAUUCUGUCGUAACUUAUUCCCAGCUUGCCCUGGCCCACAAUUAUCCAUCUUUGUUUGCUUGAACUGAACUGACGAGCCUUUCCAAACAAUAGGAACCAUCACCCUGAAAGAUAGUAUGUAGCCAGCCAGGAGUCAAUUGAUCUCUUAUGGAAACCUACAGCUGGCUGACAUCAACUACCUUCGGCUGAUAGGUAAUGAUUACUUGGUUAGUUCCACAUCUCACUUUCUCGGACUGCUUAUAAUCCUUGGGUACUUGCUGACAUACUUCAAUACAGACCGACAACCUUGGAUAUGGCGAGAAGAAGCGUAGAGAUGGCAACAUUGAUAUCCUCGAGAACCGUGUCAAGUUCCGGUAUUUUCCCAUUCUCCCACCCCAUCAUCCCCCAUCCACUCAACUAUUCCUCAAGCUAAUUCAUCUCAGCGAUGCAUUCAAAGAAAUGCUCGACUCAGUACCCACGCCCUUCGACGAGUGCGUUCAGGUUCUCUGCGACAAUAUCAAGCUAGACCCUGGCUUCAAAGAUUUCUACAAUUGGUGCAGGGACGAGAAGAUCCCCGUCAUUGUUCUCUCAUCCGGAAUGGAGCCCAUUAUUCGUGCGCUCCUUACCAAACUCGUUGGACCCACUGCAGAUGAGAUCAAGAUUGUUAGCAAUCAGCCCAAGCACUUGCCGGAUGGAUCCUGGACCAUUGAUUUUCAUGAUGACAGGUUCUUAUAUCCCUUUGCCUUCUCUCUUUUCUUCAGGUAGCGAAGUGCGGAGCUAAUAUAUCACGUAUCGGAAAUAGCGACUUUGGACACGACAAAUCAUUGGCCAUCAGGCCGACUGCCAACCUUCCGGCCGAGGAUAGGCCCAUUCUCUUCUACUGUGGUGAUGGAGUAUCUGAUCUGUCUGCUGCUCGUGAGACUGAUUUGCUCUUUGCCAAGAUUGGCCAUGGUAUGUCUCAAGUUUAUGUAGCCCAUUAUCGUGGCGCACUACUAACGCUCCUACCCAGACUUGAUCACCUACUGUGAUCGUGAAGGCUUUCCCUUCACUGUCUUUUCAUCAUUCACGGAUAUUCACAGAGAUAUCAAGGAUAUUAUGGGGGACAAGACCACCAUUGAUGAGGUGGCUGGUAGAUAUGCGAAGGAGAAGGCGGCGAAGGCUGCGGCGGGCGCCAAUUAGGCUAUUCAGUAGAUGUAUAGUCUAGGGGAUGAGGACCAUCCAUAGAUAGAUAAAUAAACUUUCUGUUUUACCAAUAUAG